AUGUCUGCAACUACAGCCGCUCCACUGUUGGCGCUUCUUAGAGAGAAGGAUAAUGCUGUAAAGUCAUAUGCUUUACAGUCUAUAAACGACGUUGUUGAUCAAUUAUGGUCAGAAGUUUCGAAUGAUAUUACGGAUAUUGAGGCUUUAUAUGAAGAUAAUAAGUUUCAGGAUCGUAAUUUGGCAGCUUUGGUUGUUUCAAAGAUAUAUUAUAACUUGGGUGAAUACCAAUCUGCUGUUAAAUACGCCCUUGCCGCAGAAGGGUAUUUUGAUGUUAAUGAAAAAUCGAAGUACGUUGAGACAAUUGUUUCUCAAAGUAUUGAAUUAUACAUUGAACUAUCAAGUAAGAACUAUGGUAAACAAAAUACUGAAAUAGAUCGCCAACUAGUUAGCGUUUUUGAGCGAAUGUUGAAUAAAUGUAUUGCUGCUGGGGAAUUUAAGCUUGCACUUGGAAUUGCAUUGGAAAGUUAUAGGUUGGAUAUAGUGUCGGAUAUAUUGGCGCAACAGACCUCUGAGGCGAAUGCUUUGAAACUCAUUACAUAUGUCCUUGUUGCGGCGACUAGCACUGUUAAUAAUUCUCAAUUCAGAGUGAAGGUCCUACACGAACUUUUCAACGUUUUGAUGAAACUAAAGUCUCCAGAUUACUUUGCUAUUUCUAAAGUUAUUGUGAACUUAAAUGAUUCAGAAUUGGCUACUCAACUUUUCAAGAAAUUGAUUGCAGAAGAAAACAGUGAAAUCGGUUAUCAAAUUGCCUUUGAUUUAGUCACUUCAGCAUCUCAAGGGUUGCUAAACGAGUUAGUAGCUUCACUAACGCCAGAUAACAAGGAUCCUAAUUUAUUGAAGAUUUUAUCAGGUAUACCGACCUGCGAAUACACUAAUGUUUUCCUUUACAGGAACAAGAAAAUUGACUUAGCACUAUUGGUGAGGUCCAAAGCCAUGAUGGAUGGUAAGUUUUCUCUAUUUCAUACUGCAGUCAGUGUCUCUAAUGCUUUCAUGCAUGCUGGUACCACUGAUGACACAUUUAUUAGAUCCAACUUGCAGUGGUUAGGAAAGGCACAGAAUUGGGCCAAGUUUACCGCAACUGCCUCUUUGGGAAUCAUUCACCAAGGUAACCUAUCGGACGGUAAGAAAAUUAUGGAGCCAUAUCUACCAGGGCGCCGUGCAUCAUCACGCUAUAUUAAGGGUGGAUCUUUAUAUGGUCUAGGGUUGAUAUAUGCAGGUUACGGUAAGGAAAUCAUUGGCUACCUAAAACAGCAAAUUGUUGACAACAGUUCCAAUACCAGUGAUGACGAUAUUGAUGUUCUAUUACAUGGUGCGUCGUUGGGAAUUGGUUUAGCUGGUAUGGGCUCGAACGAUUUUGAAAUUUAUGAGGCCUUAAAGGAAGUUCUAUAUGCAGAUUCAGCUAAUUCCGGUGCGGCUGCUGCUUUAGGUAUCGGUUUGACCAUGCUGGGAUCUGGUGAUAAGACUGUUAUUGAAAACUUGUAUACCUAUUCACAAGAGACCAGCCACGGUGAGAUUACUCGAGGACUGGCAAUUGCCUUGGCGUUAAUCAAUUACGGACGUGAAGAGUUGGCAGACGAUCUUAUCGAAAAGAUGCUAAGUCAUGAAAAUGACUUUUUACGUUAUGGUGGUGUCUUUACCAUUGCUUUGGCAUACGCUGGUUCUAGCAGCAAUAGAGCUGUAAAAAAAUUGUUGCAUGUAGCAGUCUCGGAUUCUAACGAUGACGUCAGAAGGGCUGCUGUCACAGGUCUUGGGUUCGUGUUAAUUCGCGAUUAUACUACUGUCCCUAGAAUAGUUGAACUAUUGUCAGAAUCUCAUAAUCCACAUGUGCGUUGUGGUACUGCGUUUGCCCUUGGUAUAGCCUGUGCGGGUAGAGGCUUGCAAAGUGCCUACGAUGUCUUGGAACCAUUGACCAAAGAUCCUGUUGACUUCGUUCGUCAAGCAGCAAUGAUUUCAUUAUCCAUGAUCUUGAUCCAGCAAACUGAAAAGACAAAUCCUAAAGUGAAGGAAGUAAAUGAGCUAUUCAGAUCUGUUACUACUAAUAAACACCAAGAAGGACUAGCUAAGUUUGGUGCCUGCGUUGCUCAAGGUAUAAUGAAUGCCGGUGGGUGUAACGUUACUAUCCAAUUGGAAAAUCCUGAGAUGGGAACUUUGAACACUAAAUCUGUCGUUGGUCUAGCAAUGUUCGUUCAAUUUUGGUACUGGUUCCCAUUAUCGCACUUCUUAUCGUUGUCAUUUACUGCUACUACCAUAAUUGGUGUUCGUAGCCAGGACUUAUGCAUUCCAAAGUUUUCAUUUAACUGUCAUACAAAAGAGGGUGUCUUUGAUUACCCUCCAAUGUUUGAGGGUGACCUAGGGAAGACAAUUGCUAUGAUGACCACUGCUGUUUUGUCUACGACUGCAAAGGCUAAAGCUCGGGCAAAGAAAUCUAAGAAGGACAAGGUGCCCGAACACGAGAAGGUGAAGGAACCAUUAAAACAAGAGAAGGAAGAAAAUAAAGAUAAAAAGGAUCCUCAACCUAGCGACGAAGAAAUUAAAAUAAAAUACACCACUACUUCCUAUAAAGUUGAAAAUGCUUCCAGAGUCCUACCACAACAAUUAAAAUACAUAUCUUUCGCGAAAGAGGAGCGUUUCACCCCUGUUCGUAAGUUCAAAGGUAGUAAUGGUGUGAUCGUUUUGUCUGAUAAAACUCCAGACGAACCUGCUGAGUUAAUUAAGAUUGAAAAACAGGUUAAAGAUGUAGAUGCGCCAGUGCCUACUCCAUUCAAAGUAGAAGACAAUUUCUAG